AAUGUAUGAUCAUAUGUUUCUCUACCAAAUCUUUCUGAAUUCCUUUCACCAAUAACAGCUUCCCACAUAUAUAAUUGAUGAACCAUCUGCUCUUUUUAUAGACCCGUUUACCCCUUUCUUCAAAGCUACAUCAUGACAUGGAAGCUAGUGAUUUGCUAUUUUCUAGCGAGAUGGAAAAAAACUCUUUAUCACACAAAGCAUACCCGAACCCAGCUAGUACAUUAAGGAAUCAGAUGAGAUUGAGAAUGUCUGUCUGUAUGUUUUCGAUGCUAUAAAUAUUACACAAUCUCGUAAAAUUUAUAUCCCCAAAUUAAGAGUGUCUACCAUAUGGCCAGAAGAACUCCUACCAUUUUAUCAACCCACAUCAUAAUUCUCUCCCUCCUUUCCUUUUCUGCCAUAACUUUGGUCUCUGGAACCUAUGAUGGUUUUGUGAGGACCAUGGACAGCAAAUUGCUGGGUCUCCAUAAGGAAAAGCUUAGCCAUUUCCGGUUAUAUUGGCACGACAUAUAUUCAGGGUCUAGUCCAACUGCUCUACGGCUAGUUCGACCACCCAACAAUGCCACAGGAACAUCAUUUGGUGCCAUAACCAUAAUUGAUGAUCCACUAACCCAAGGCCCUGAACUCAGCUCCAAAUUGCUAGGCAGGGCUCAAGGCUUCUAUGCACAAGCGUCACAACAACAGGUGGGUUUACUAAUGGUUAUGAACUUUGCAUUCACACAAGGUAAGUACAAUGGCAGCACUAUCACAGUGUUAGGGAGGAACCCGGUUUUCGACAAGGUGAGGGAGAUGCCGGUGAUCGGAGGAAGCGGGCUUUUCCGGUUUGCCAGGGGUUAUGCUCAGCUCAGGACUUACAGGUUCAAUCAAAGUACAGGGGAUGCCAUAGUUGAGUAUAAUGUGUAUGUGCUGCACUAUUGACAAUGCUAAACUUUUUCAAUGAUAUUGGGAUUUUAUUCUUAAUCAUUUAAUUAUAACAUGAGCUAAGUGGCAUUUACUUGCAAAGUAGGUCUAAAUAAAGAUUGGAGUCAUUUCUUGAUCAAGUAAAAGGAAAGCCUUUUGAUCUCUGCUAGUCCUUUGUAAUUUCUAGGCUUGUACGGAAGGAUUUUUCAUCCGUUAUGUCUUCUCUAUGCUAGUAUGAAAUUACCAGAAAAUUGCGUC